GACGCUACCAAGUUAAAGUGGGUAGGGGGAAGUGCGUUGGGCUGAAUUGGGAUGUACCUGUGAGCCGGCUAUUCGGCAUCCUUCAGGGGAAUCGUAGCUUCCAAAUGGAGGUGUUACAGCGAAGAUAGAGCGGAUAAUCCCAUCACCCAGUUUACUCGAGGCCCAACUUUAUCUGGCCAUGGGUGACACAGAGCUGGAAUUUUCUCCUUCUCAUCUGGAGGAGCUACAGAAGAGUCCAUCAGCCUCAUCCACCUCCACUACCUCAUCUCUCUCACUGCCGUCCUCACCAUCCUCUGGCCACCGGCCACUGACCAGCUCCAGCCCCAGUGCCAGCGAAGGCCUGCCUGCUUCUAGCCCUCCACUGGCUGUCAUAUCAGAAGGUGUGGGUGAACUGAAUUUAGUAAUUGAUACUGAAGUAGCCAAGAAAGCCUGCCAGGAGGUGUUGCAGAAGGUAAAGCUGUUUAAAGUUGAUGGUGAUACAACUUUAUCCACUGCUGAACCUCACCUUGUGAAUGGAACUGAACACACUGAGCCCUUAAAUGGGGAUGGUACAGGAUCAGGCAAGCCUCCGAAGAUCACAGAGGAGGUGGAGAUGCCAGCGGUGGGCACAGUAAAGACCGCACGACGGCGUCAAAAGAACAACUCUUCCAAGCAAUCGUGGCUCCUGCGCCUGUUCGAAUCCAAGCUCUUUGACAUUUCCAUGGCCAUCUCGUACCUGUACAACUCAAAGGAGCCUGGUGUGCAGGCCUACAUCGGCAAUCGCCUCUUCAGUUUUCGAGAUGAGGAUGUGGACUUCUACUUGCCACAACUGCUCAACAUGUACAUCCACAUGGACGAGGACGUCGGCGAUGCCAUUAAGCCGUAUGUGGUGCACCGCUGCCGCCAGAGUAUCGGCUUCUCACUGCAGUGCGCCUGGCUGCUUGGCGCUUAUUCGUCCGAUAUGCACAUUUCCACGCAGAGGCACUCGCGUGGCACCAAGCUGCGCAGACUCAUCCUGUCUGACGAGCUGAAGCCGACCGGUCAUCGUGCUCGCCUCCAGCAGCAGCAGCUGCAGCAGAAUCACGUCCUCGGCCCAAACGUGAGCGAGCACGGUCUCUCGCCCUCAAAGCGCACUCAUCAGCGCUCUAAAUCAGAUGCCACCGCCAGCAUCAGCCUCAGCAGCAACCUCAAAAGGACAGCCAGCAACCCGAAAGUCGAAAGUAGCCAGGAUGAGGACUUGAACUCCAGCUCCGACAGUCUUGAGUUAGAGGCUGGUACCCCUGUACGUCUGACUCCUCAGCGUGAGUUUAUUAAGUCUCUGAUGGGCAUUGGGAAAAGACUGGCCACUCUGCCCACUAAGGAACAGAAGACACAGAGACUCAUCUCUGAGCUGUCACUGCUUAACCACAAGCUGCCUGCACGUGUAUGGCUGCCAACUGCGGCAUUCGACCACCAUGUGGUGCGAGUUCCUCACACACAGGCCGUGGUGCUCAACUCGAAAGACAAGGCACCAUAUCUAAUCUAUGUGGAAGUUAUGGAGUGUGAGAACUUUGAGACGUCGAGUGUACCAGUGAGAAUUCCAGAAACACGAAUCCGCAGCACACGAUCCGUAGAGAAUCUCCCAGACUGUGGAAUCACAGCAGAGCAGCGUGCCAGCAGCUUUUCAACCGUUCCCAACUAUGACAAUGAUGAUGAGGCCUGGUCUGUGGAUGACAUCGGAGAGCUCCAGGUCGAGCUGCCUGAGAUCCACACUAACAGCUGUGACAACAUCUCCCAGUUCUCAGUUGAUAGCAUCACCAGCCAGGAAAGCAAAGAGCCAAUUUUUAUUGCUGCUGGAGAUAUCAGGCGCCGCCUGUCUGAGCAGCUUGCCCACACACCAACCACAUUCAAGAAAGACCCAGAGGAUCCCUCAGCGGUAGCCUUAAAAGAGCCGUGGCAGGAGAAGGUUAGGCGAAUCCGAGAGGGCUCUCCAUAUGGUCAUCUGCCCAACUGGCGUCUCCUGUCAGUCAUAGUAAAAUGCGGUGAUGAUCUAAGACAGGAGCUCCUUGCUUUCCAAGUGCUGAAGCAACUGCAGAUAAUCUGGGAGCAGGAGCGUGUCCCUCUGUGGAUUAAGCCCUAUAAGAUCCUGGUUAUCUCUUCAGAUAGUGGCAUGAUUGAGCCAGUGGUCAAUGCUGUGUCCAUUCAUCAAGUAAAGAAGCAGAGUCAGCUCUCACUGCUUGAUUACUUCCUGCAGGAGCAUGGCAACUACACUACAGAGGCCUUCCUCACUGCACAGCGCAACUUUGUGCAGAGUUGUGCAGGCUACUGUCUUAUCUGCUACCUGCUGCAGGUUAAGGACAGGCACAAUGGAAACAUUCUGCUCGACUCAGAGGGUCAUAUAAUUCACAUUGACUUUGGCUUCAUUUUGUCAAGCUCUCCAAGAAACCUUGGCUUUGAGACAUCUGCUUUCAAACUGACCAAUGAGUUUGUAGAUGUCAUGGGUGGUCAAGAUGGAGACAUGUUCAACUAUUACAAGAUGCUUAUGCUUCAGGGUCUCAUUGCUGCACGGAAGCACAUGGAGAAAGUCAUCCAGAUAGUCGAGAUCAUGCAGCAAGGAUCCCAGCUGCCCUGCUUCCAUGGUUCCAGCACCAUCCGUAACCUAAAGGAGCGAUUUCACAUGAGCCUAACAGAGGAGCAGUUGCAGGUGUUGGUGGAGCAGAUGGUGGAUGGCUCCAUGCGCUCUAUCACCACAAAGCUGUAUGAUGGCUUCCAGUACCUCACCAAUGGCAUCAUGUGAACAUGGUGUGAGAGCAGACUAGAACAUUUUGACUAGGAAAAAGCUGCACCACUUUCAGAGGCCACUCCCAAGCCCUUUUGCAACUUUUCUGUUUUCAACAUCCUAUCGUGUUUGUACACCAAGAGUUUUUGACCAUGGAUUUUAUACCUUCCCAAGAGGUUUCAGCUGUGAAGUUUUGCUCCCGCCCUCUUUAAAGCCUCUUAUUACUUUUCUGAUAUUGCAUUGUUUCUCCUAGGAGCUGGGAUUUGUUUUGUUUUUGGAAUAUGCUUUUAUCCACUAUCCUAGUGCCUCCUUUGACUGUGCUCAGACUCAAACUGCAUUUUCUCCUAAGUGCUGUGUAUUUACCAACUUAUAAUUUCCAUGCUCUCCUGCUCAGUUUGGUUGUUAAUUAUUUUUAAUUUUAGUGAGCUACAGCUUUACACAACGCAAUCCGUGCUGAGAAACUCGACAGUGCGCAGAGUCGUGUGUUGAGUAAUGCACAUUGUGUAAUAUGAGCGAAAGAGGUGUAAGCAGCACACAGUCUUCAGUGGGUUUUGUCUGAUCAGUGUUAUUUUAGCUGCAGUUUGAAAGAAGCAAACACUUUUUUCAAAUCCCGAUGUAAAUGUUCAGCUAGUUCCCACUGGUUGAGAAACUCUUAAAAUGUGGCCUCUUAAAGAGGCAUUAAUUGUUUGAUUAAAGCCUUUUAAAUGGCUUUAUUUGACCUUUAACACUUCUGUUCAACUUGCCAGACCCCAGAUGGUGACUAUAGUUUCAGCUUCCUAGAGGAAAGAAAUCCACUGAUGCAAUAAACCAUGAGUAGGGUAUGAUCCUCAAAACCUAAUAACAUUUGACUUAAUGAGAGGAGAUUAACUAAAACUCAAUCUAACCAUUGUAAGUAUUAGAGUGAUAUGACAAAGGAAGAGUCAAAACACUAUUUAUUGCUUAUAUACAAUAACUUGCAUUCUCCUGUACAUCAUGAAUGGCUCUUUUUCUUUAUUUUUUAUUUUAGUUCACUUUUUUCUUAGCAGAAAUAUAUGAUUCCUAAGUGUGUACAAAUGUACAUAAUAUAAAUUUUAAACUUUAGAAAUGUACAUGGACUGUUUUUCUUAUCAGAUUAAUGGGGAGCUGUGCUGCAAUGGGUAACUUGGCCACCGAGCAUCUGAGUUACUCGACAGUGGAAUUUCACGAGAUGUUGCUAAUUGGGGUGACACUUGUGUAAAUCGAUCCGAUGAAAAGAAAAACAAAAAGCUGCAACGAAAUGGAAGACUCCAGUGCAUUUUUAAUGUUUAGUUUCAGAUUAAAUGCCACUACAUGCAUACAUUGUUAUUAGAAGAAGAACGAAAGAGAGAGCGACCUGAGCGUACCAUUAAAAGAACUUCUGUAUAACCAGUUUUAAUUCAUCUUUGUUUUUAGUGGAAGCUCGGUUCUUGUGAAUGAUUUGUACAUGUUCGAGGAAGCCAUUUAGAGAAUCGUUUCAUCUUUGUCUUCACAUUUUAUACUUUCCUUCGUUUCCAUGUUUUUUUUUUUUUUUUGCUUUCAUUGUAACUUGUUUAACGGACCAUCUCUCACCAUCGUGAAUGACCUCCCCUAACUUGUGAAUGUUACUUUGUAUAAUAAAUUAAAUGUAUCUGUUUCA